GCAAUAUUCCCAACUACUCCAUAUCGCAAGGAUGUGGACUGUCCCUUCCUGUUUUAGUGCCGAGAGAGCCACCGUACCGACGCACACCGGAGCAGGAAUACAGACGCUCGCGACGCGAUUAUGUGUGGAUUUUCGCCGUGUUUGUCCAACACACGGAGCCGUAUUUUCCGUCGCGGUUUUAGGUAUUAGGGAAUGCUGUUAUGUUAUUCUCCGGGUAGCUGGUAACAUAGCAGGCCUGUUUAUUGCGCUGCCAACCCUUGUUCCUUUCCUGUGUCAAUGAUUGUCCUCCCCUUACUCUCAUGGCGGAGACUAAAAUAAUAUAUCACAUAGACGAGGAGGAGACUCCUUAUCUGGUCAAGCUGUCGGUUUCUCCGGAGAAAGUCACCUUAGCGGAUUUUAAAAAUGUCCUCAACAAUCGGCCGGUCAAUAGCUACAAAUUCUUUUUCAAAUCGAUGGACCAGGAUUUCGGGGUUGUCAAAGAAGAGAUUUCCGAUGACAAUGCCAAGCUGCCGUGCUUCAACGGCAGGGUGGUGUCCUGGUUGGUCCUGGCAGAGAGUGCACACUCUGAUGGGGGAUCUCAGUGUGCAGAGAGCCAUCCGGAGCUCCCCCCUCCCCUGGAGAGAACAGGGGGCAUCGGAGACUCUCGUCCUCCCUCCUUCCACGCCAAUGCGGUGAGCAGUCGCGACGGCCUGGACACAGAGACGGGCACAGAGUCUCUCCUGAGCCACCGCAGAGAGCGGGAGAGGGAGCGCGCGCGGAGGAGAGCGAGAGAAACCGAACUCCCUCGCAUCAACGGUCACUCUAAAUCAGAGCGCACUGCAAGGGACUCGGCCAUGGGUUACGACAGUGCCUCAGUAAUGAGCAGCGAGCUGGAGUCCAGCUCGUUUGUUGACAGCGAGGAAGAUGAGGAUGCUAGCAGGCUCAGUAGCUCCACAGAACAGAGUUCUUCUUCACAGCUCAUGCGCAGACACAAGCGGCGCAGACGGAGGCACAAAGUGGCCAAAAUAGACCGGUCUUCGUCCUUCAGCAGUAUCACAGACUCCACUAUGAGCCUCAACAUCAUCACCGUCACUCUCAACAUGGAGAAGUACAACUUUCUGGGUAUCAGUAUUGUCGGUCAGAGUAACGACCGGGGAGACGGUGGCAUUUACAUCGGCUCCAUCAUGAAGGGAGGAGCUGUAGCUGCUGAUGGCAGAAUAGAACCCGGAGACAUGCUCCUCCAGGUGAAUGAUGUCAACUUUGAGAACAUGAGCAAUGACGACGCGGUGAGGAUCCUCAGAGAGAUUGUAUCCAAAACUGGUCCUAUUAGUCUUACUGUUGCCAAAUGUUGGGACCCGUCUCCACGAAGUUACUUCACCAUCCCCCGCGCUGAGCCAGUGAGACCCAUUGACCCUGCAGCUUGGAUUUCACACACCACAGCCCUGACAGGACCUUACCCACACUAUGAAUUUGAUGACUUACCUCUGUCUGUAAGCAAAACAGACAUGGCCACCAUCGUCAAGGUGAUGCAGCUGCCUGACUCAGGCCUAGAGAUUCGGGACAGGAUGUGGUUGAAGAUCACAAUUGCCAAUGCUGUCAUCGGUGCUGACGUGGUGGACUGGCUCUACUCCAGAGUAGAAGGAUUCAAAGACCGACGGGACGCGAGGAAGUACGCGAGCAGUCUGCUGAAACACGGUUAUCUGAGGCACACCGUCAACAAGAUCACGUUCUCCGAACAGUGCUACUACACCUUUGGGGACCUCUGCCAAAACAUGGCGUCGCUCAAUUUAAAUGAAGGAUCCAGUGGCGGAGGCUCUGAGCAGGACACUUUGGCACCGCUACCUCCCACCAACAAUCCCUGGCCUCUGGGCGGGCAGCCAUUCCCCUACCCUCCUUUCCCCUCUGCGCCCCCCAGCUUCCCACCAGGAUACUCAGACCCAUGCCACAGUUUCCACAGUGGGAGUGCGGGCAGCCAGCACAGCGAGGGAAGCCGAAGCAGCGGAUCCAACCCCAGCGCAGGCAAAGGUAGACGCUCUUCCCCGCAGGAGAAGGGUCAGAGGUCGACGUGCAGUGAGUCAGAGCCGGGCGUCCGCGGAGGAAGGCGCGGUGACAGAUCCGCCAGCCAAAUGAGCCAUCACAGCCACGCCAUCUCCAGUCACAGCCAUGCCCGAUCAGGUCUCAGCCACAGUCAUUCGCACAGGGGCCACGCUCUUUCGCAGAACAACCACCCCUCCUUCACCUACAGCCACACCCCCUUCACGCAACCGGGGCCGGGCUCCUGCGCGCAGAGCGAGCGAAGCCAUGCCUCCUCCUACGGACCCCCGGGCUUGCCUCCCCCUUAUUGUCUGGCCCGUCUGGCCCCAAAGACCUCAGUCAGCAGUAGCACGCCCCCCGGAGCCCCUCCUGGGAGAGAGUUAGCAGCCGUACCUCCGGAGCUCACCGCCAGUCGCCAGUCCUUCCAGCAUGCUAUGGGCAAUCCCUGUGAGUUCUUUGUUGACAUCAUGUGACAGGACAGUGCCUUUAAAACUCAGUGAGCACAAUACAAUUCUCCCUGAACCCACUCACACCCUUCUCUUUUUCCUCUCAGUCUGUUGACCAUCUCCAAGUUCAGAAUGUAGACACUGACUGGGCUUCUCGAUGGUCCCCUGCUGUCUGUCUAUUUGUCUGAUGUCCAAGCAAAGGAAUACAUGCAGCAAGAGCACAAAAGGAAGGAGUCCCCCCUCACACACGAGCACGGUUCCUCUGGCAGAAAACCCGCUUUUGUACCGAAGUGACGUGUAUAGUUUGUGAAAUGUGAGUGGUAUUCAGUGCGGUGAUUUCUUUAAAGCUGCCACGCAGACAUUCUCUGGAGUGUGUAACUCUACCUAGGAUAUUUUCUGUUCGGCAAGACCUUUAAGCUGGCGGGGCCUGGAUCUCAAUCCCCCAGACCCAGCCCGACAUCCACGCCCUGCACUAAGGAACUUGUUGGGCCCACAACUGGGCCUACAACUUAAGACUGGAUCUCCUGACUCAUAUCUGUGUGUACUGACAAAAUUUAGCUCAUCACAUCAAAACCCUGGUCCCUUACGUUGUGGCGUUGCCACUGGUUCAUUCGAGCUCUUAUUUGCCAACUAACUAAACUACUGAUCUUGAUCAGUUCAUGACAUGUGGAUUUCAGCUUCAUGAGGGAGGCCCUGUAGUCAGCCACCAGUUUAACUCGGCUGCAUAUUGCAUGACUGUCUCAGCUGCUUUAAAGAAAUGUUAUUAAUUCAUUUUGUUUAAAGUAUUACCAUUUCUGGAGGGAGGAGGUCAACUCUUGCCAAUGUUCUAAAGGAAGAAUCCGUACACUGGAUGAUUUUUGUGAAGUUAUUUAUGUGAUUAUGUUGCAUUGGUGGUGUCAUAUUUUGUCUACCGUGGCUGACUAACAGACAAUCAGACAUUGUGAAUCAGUGGCAAGUUUCCACCGUCAUAGCUGUGCUUUGUCGAAUGUAUCAUUGUUCCUGCCGGUGAUUGGACCCCGACAUGUCGUAACACUUUGGUUGAAACACAUUUAAGCAGGAAAAAUCAACGCGACUGCUGACAGCGGGCAACCACUGCAGCUGAGAAAGGUAAACUCUUUGAGAGUUUGACGAGAUGAACGAGUUCGCUGAAAGCAUCGGGUCGACUCCUUUGUUGCGAAUGUGAGCGUCGUUAAAAGUCAAGUGUGAUAAACGCCAAAGCCUCACAACGUGUGGUGAAUAUUUCUUUAUAGUAGUGGAGCUGUCUUUGGUGGCAGUUUUUGUGAGAUCAGAUGCUUCUCAUUUUAUGAAUUCAAAGUGACUUCAAGGGGAAUUCUGGCCUUCAGAUCACCUUGCAAAACAAUGGCAUGUUGUAGCUAACUAAAACGUGACUACAAGAGGGAAAUAACACACACACUAGUUUUUUUGAGCACUUUCCCAUUUUGUCUUUCCCUUCCUUUAGUAUGAAACACUGUUUGCAAUCAAAGCUUUCUCUUUAAUUUUGUUUCUUUGAAAAAGAAGAAUAAAUUGUACAUAGAAAUUUAUUAUAUAUAUGAAUAAAAAUAUAUAUGUUCAAACGUG